CCUACGUUUGGAUCUCAAGUUCAUUUGAAGAAUGACUGACUGCUCGUGUGGGAGGAGGGGAUAUUUAUACCUGGUGUCCAACCGGGAGGCAGACCUACCCUAACCACCUUACCCCCUCACCUGAUCCAUCAUUACCUGCUCUGCAGCCCCUCCAGCAGCGCGGCCCCCUCUAAUUACACCCAGCGGAAGCAGAGGGCGCCAGCUCUGACAAGCCACGCGUGUGGGAGAGGCGGCUGGCAUACCAACAUCCACUUUUUUUCCAUCUGGAGCUGGACGUCUGACUGCAUGACCGCCUGAAUCAGCUCCGGCGGCACAUUUCACUGAGGCGGUAGACGGGGUGAAGGAGAGGAGAGGACUGGAGGAGAGAAGCAGAGAGGAGAGGAGGGAAAAAGUAAAGGAAGGCACCUGAAAGUCGAGGAUGUCUUACCGACUGAAAUACCCAAAGCGGCACAGGCAGUGCGUCUAGGAGCCGAGUUCCGCUACAACAGCUUGUGAGGAAACAUCACGUGGUGACACAUCUCUAGGACUGACGUCACCAUCCCCAUCUCUAAGCAACCCUCCAUCAGCACUUACGUCACCGCUCUCUGAGCUGCACCGUUGCCCAGCAACUUGUGCCUUGCGCUCGAGCCCGGCCUUGCGGCCCGCUCGAAGCUCUGACGCGCGUGUGACGUAAAUGAGGUAGGUAUCAAUUUGUUAUGGCAGUGCGAAAGGAGGAGUUCCCCUCUAAGCACUCUAGCCCUCUGCAUUCCAGAGGAGCGCGCAGCAGACUGGUGCGGCAGCCGCUAAUGUGACCCUCUGUCACACUGUAAAUAGUUCUUGUUCAUACGGCUCGCACUCACUGUACAAGUGUAGAUUUAUAUAUAUAUAAGAGCAUACAUAAACUUUUGUCGUUAAGGUUUCUUCUAUUAGUGCUGCAGCAAAUACAAUAUGUGUAUGGAAUGACUUGUAUUGCUUUUGAAAUACAUUUGAGCUGCCAAAGGAGGUGGUGUGCAUUCGUUCAGUAAGAAUUAACUGCUCUCUGGACUAUACAAGGCCAACCAGAUUGUGCGCCAUGGUGAUCAUGACGGAGAGCUGCCCGGCUCCUCAGACCAGCCCUGCCCAGGGAAGGCCUCUCCAGGUCGGCUUCUAUGAGAUCAUCCGUACGUUAGGGAAAGGAAACUUCGCUGUGGUGAAACUGGCGAGGCACAAAGUCACCAAGACACAGGUGGCUAUUAAGAUCAUAGACAAGACCAGGCUGAAUCCUCCCAACCUGGAAAAGAUCUACCGAGAAGUUCAGAUCAUGAAGCUGCUCAACCACCCACACAUCAUCAAACUGUACCAGGUCAUGGAGACCAAAGACAUGCUGUACAUUGUCACAGAGUACGCCAAAAAUGGAGAGAUGUUUGACUACCUAACCUCUAAUGGCCGUAUAAGCGAGGACGAGGCCAGGAGGAAGUUUUGGCAGAUCCUGACAGCGGUCGAUUAUUGCCACCGACACCACAUAGUUCACAGAGACCUGAAGACUGAGAAUCUGCUGCUGGAUGCCAACAUGAACAUUAAGCUGGCCGACUUUGGAUUUGGGAAUUUCUACAAUGCUGGCGAGCCCCUGUCUACAUACUGUGGAAGUCCCCCCUAUGCUGCCCCAGAGGUGUUUGAGGGCAAGGAGUAUGAGGGUCCUCAACUCGACAUCUGGAGCCUGGGUGUAGUCCUCUACGUUCUGGUGUGCGGGACCCUGCCAUUCGAUGGGUCCAGCUUGCCAGCCCUCAGACAGAGGGUCACGGAAGGACGCUUCAGAAUCCCCUUCUAUAUGUCCCAAGACUGUGAGAACCUGAUCCGGAAGAUGCUGGUUGUGGACCCAGCUAAGAGAAUCAGCAUGGCGCAGAUCAAGCAGCACCGCUGGAUGCUGGCAGACCCCGCAGCUCCCCAGCACACCGUCAGCCUUAGCCUGACCGACUACAACUCCAAUCUGGGGGACUACAGCCAACCUGUCCUCAACAUCAUGAACACCCUGGGCAUUGACCGUCAGAGGACCAUUGAGUCUCUUCAGAGCAGCAGCUACAACCACUUCUCAGCCAUCUACUACCUUCUACUGGAGCGAGUCAGGGAGCAUCGCGCCCAGCAGCUCAGCAGACAGUGUGGAACCUGGGGCCAGAGACCCAGGAGCACGUCCGACUCCACCACCCCAGAGGUCAUUAUGGAAUCCUCUGACAGCUUCAGAACCACAGGGUUUCCUCUCCCAGCCAAGAGCACUCCUCCGGUUCAUUCGGAGAUGGAUUGUGACCAGGGUGCUCUCUUCCAGCGCGUGGUGUUCCCUGUGGAGGCCAGUCUGAACCGGCUGCUCUGGAGUCGCUCCAUCUCCCCCAACAGCCUGCUGGAGACCAGCAUCAGCGAGGAGGUUCGUCCGACAGACCUGGAGGAGGAGGAAGCCAGACAGAGCGCCACCCCUCCGCUCCCCCCGACCACCGCCCCCCGCAGACACACGCUGGCGGAGGUCUCCGCCCACAUCCACCAGUGCCACCCCCCUUGCGUCAAAGUCAGCCCCUCAGAGGGCGCCUCCUCCGACGGCUGUCUGGAGUCCUCCUCGCUCGGCCCCGCCCCGGUGGUCCCUCCCAGGGGGCUGUCGGCCUUUCUGGGGUCCGCAAGGACCCCCGGUUCCUUCGCCCCCUCUGGGGCCUUCCUGACCCUCUCCUCACACCUUCUGCCCCAGACCCGGGGCUCCCUGCCUGCAGCCACCUUUCAGGAAGGACGCAGGGCAUCUGACACCUCCCUCACGCAAGGCCUUAAAGCCUUCCGCCAACAGCUGAGAGGAAAGAAUACCCGCACCAAAGGGCUUCUGGGACUGAACAAGAUUAAGGGGUUGGCGCGGCAGGUUUGCCAUCCGACCGUCGUCUGUAGCCGUGGCAGCCGGGGGUCCCUGGGUCCAGCCCUUAGCGAGCACCGUAGCAUGCUGGAGGAAGUGCUGCACCAGCAAAGGAUGUUGCAGAUCCAGCAUCAGCCUCAACCUCAGCCCGCUAACACCGGGCCUACCCAGAACCCCCUGAUCUACCUUCCCCAGCAGCAACCCGCCUCCCCUCCCCCAACCUCCAUUUUCACCGCCUCCACCCUGUUUGACGCCCCCAUCUCCUCCCUCCUGCAGGGAGAACCUUCCCCCACCCCUCUGACCCCCUCCCAGAACACCAUGGCAUUCCAUCACACCCUCUGGCAGACCCCACUGGGGGUCUCAUCCCCCUCCUGCUCCCCCUCCUGCUCCCCCUCCCUCUCUCCUGUGGCUUCGGCCGCAUGCCUCCUGGAGGCUCGUCUGCACAUCAGCCAGCGGCCUCAUCUUCACCCCCAGCCCCAGGUCCCAGUCCAGGCCCAGGUCCCCUUCAUGCCUAGGCCGGGUGUGUGGAACCUGGGGUCAAUGAGUAGCCCAGAGAAUGAGAUGCAGGAGCUGGGGCGGGGUGACAAACAGCAAAUCAGCAGCUGUGUGAUGGUGAAAUGAUGGUGUGGAAAUGGUUCUAUCCUUCCUCCAGAAGAGGAAGAAACAAAAACAUGAGUUUGAUGUCACCACUGACAAGCGGAGUGAGUUUGGAACAUUUUAGCAAAACAAUUGAGUCUGAUUACCCGGUCACUGGUAGAGUGCUCUCUGGUUUGAACAGAGAGGAGCCACUCUGUAAACCUGAGUACUGAACGGACAGGUGAAGAAAAAUGCCAGAGACAAAUACAGGAGAUUCAAAACAAACGGUCUCUUGAACAACAUCCAAACUGUCACGCGUCCACCUGUGAGGCUUUUGUUUGCUCAUCUAAGCUGAAGAAUAAUCAAUAACCAAACCCUGGACAAGGCCUAGGAUCCUUUUCAGAUCCCACCCUCCCCGAGAGAAGCAAUAAUGGACUUUGGGGUCCCUGUGCCCUUCACUGCCCAGAGAAAAGCCUCCUUCCACUCUCAUGCUACAAGGAGGAGGGACCAAUUCACUUGAAUAACUGGUAUUCACCUGCCAGUCCAAGACUAGAUCAUGUUUCAUUCGUAGUUUCGUUUUCUCAUUCAAUUUAGAGAUGAGAGGAUCUUCAAUAUGACAUUUUACGUCACUUUAAAGGAUUUCCAUGUCUGCACAUUUCCCAACGAUGAUUUUGACGAUUCAAUCUGUAAGAGAAACCAAAGUUGUCCUUUUUUUUGUUGGUCCAAUAGUGUUUCCAUAUUAUUUCUUUGAAUUGACUUUGUUAUAUGACAUUGUAGCAGACUUUUGAACAUGCAGUAUCCUAAGCUUCCAACUUUCAGUGAGUGUACAUGAUUGUGAUUUGACAAACUGUGAUGUGUUAGAAUGUAGCUCACGUCCCGCUGCUUGAUCUUUAUCUGCGGAUACUGAAUGACUAAAGCACAGCAUAGGUACAGCCAUGUCCAAGCAGCACUGUGCGUUUGUGUGUGCGCCCUUUGGCGCCUCACAAAUGCGUAGGCUUGAACCCAUCGUUAAUGACUCUCACCGCAAAAACCGACCUUCAGUUGGAGAUCACCAAAGCUUUCAAUGCUUCUGUUUUAUUUCUACCUCCUUAAGUUCAUGUCUGAAAAUGUGGAACAUUAGCAAACGUUGUCCAUAUAUAAGCAUUACUUCUUCCUCUACAAUCCACAAGUGUAAUAAGUCUCUCUUUUCACAUGAUACAGUUUAUGAUUAUGUGAUUUAAUGUUUUCAUGUGCACAGAACAAAGACUGUGGGACUAGUGCAAUAUUUCACAUUGAAAUGCAGAGGAAAGGAGAAAGGUAGAGAGGCCAGGCUUGUACACCUGUCUGGUCAUGUUUUGUAGUUUUCUUUCUUUUUUUGAGUUCAUUUCUGUUUAAAUGUACAAUGGUUUGAUAUCUUCAGAGGGAGAGGUGUGGGCAGAGUAUUGCAGGUACUACAGUAGAUCUGUGUUUUUAUUCAACAAGAAUACAUGAAUAUGAAUUUGUAUUAGAGAGAAAAUACGUUGUUUCUCAUCACAACUCAAUUGCCUUUGUGUCCUGAGUGGUUUCCAUGUAGUAAUAGCAGAAGAAGAAUCCGACACAGAUCAGAGAAAGACAUGCUGAGGCUUCUCUCUUUGAGCUCCUUUGGGCUCAGCACAGCUUGCUGGCUAUAAACACUUGUCACUUUUGUCUUCUCUGCUCCUGCUGAGAGAUUCUACUUUGAGAUUCUACUUCUGCCACCAGAUGCUAAUGCUAAUAGCUAAUGCUACUGCUGUCUGCUGAGUCAACUGAUGGUAGGUUGGCCUCCUAGACCACGGCUUUAGCCUAUAUGUUGUUUUUGUAUUUUUCUAUAUAAAGAAAUGAAUUUAAGAAUAUAAGAGAACAACAACUUGUAGCAAUACUAUUUUAGCUGAAAUGUGACUUUUCUUGAAAUCAAUUGGUAGAAUGGUAGCAAUAGCUGGAUGUCUGCCAUCAUAUGUGUGUUGGGUCGAUAUUUCAAGACAAUAUAUUCAGCUGUGUGUCCUGUAUGAUGAUGGCUGUGCACCAGUACUUAGUUAAACUCUUGCAUAUCUGUGAAGUGGUCUCUCUAUGAACAACAUGCUGGAUCGAGGGAAAAUGUUUGGGAAUGCCUAGUGUAAAAUGUUUUUUUUUUUACGAUUUGUUUCUUGAGAUGAGCAGUGUUUCAAACAGUUUUUUGUUUUUGUUUGAUUUGAUUGCAUUUGCACCACCAAUGCUUGUGCCUUUAUCUGAACAAACUUAGAUUAGAAUGAGGCUUUGGACAUUAUCCAUUGGUCAUCACAUAAAGAGAACAGACUCACUAAGCAUUUUUUUCACUUAGGUUGAACUUGCUGUAUUGAGAAAAGAGCAAGUGUUGCACUUUAUUUUGUUAUGUUUGAGAUUUGUUUACUUGGUAGGUUCAAAUUUUCCGAGGUCAUUAGACUGAACUAGUGAGCUUUUGAAACACUAACAAAGUUGUUGAAGAUAUCCUAGUAAACAUUUUUGAAUAAUAGUAAAUACUAUGUUCUUCUGAUUUGCUACUUGACUAUAUGUGUGUUUGUAUGAAUGUUAAGUAUGGAGAAAAGGUUUAUUUAUGUGGCUAUUUAUUUGAAUAAAAUUCACUUCUCAAA